AGGCUUUCUGGGGGUGGUUGUGAGAAGUAUAAUACUACCUAAAGUUCAUUAUGUACUGUUGCUACAUGUACUAGCAUGUCAACGCCAUCUAAUUUCAGGGCCAGUAGGCUGGGCUUUGCGCUGCUCUUACUGCUAGUGCUAUCCACUCGUUGCUCAUCCAUCUGUGUGGAGUAUGGAGACGUGCCUCUUGUCCCGGUGGACAUCGAUUGCAGAGGCUCGCCGUACUCAGGUUUCUGCUGCCGGACCAUACGAGAAGCACAUAGCAACAAUACUGCCUGCGUCCCUGGGCCGUGGCAACACCCAGCGUGUCAGGGAGGUUACUAUGCAGUUGGUCCGGAGGCUAGGGCCUGUCCGAAUGGGUUCUUCUGUCCCAUGAACAAACUGUGCCUGAUCAAGUGCUCCCCAGGUGCCUACUGCAAGCAAUACAACACGACCGUAGAGACUGCAAGUGAACGGUGUAGUGUGCAGAAUCCAGGUGGCUGUUGUGAACCGUACGUUGGAUCCGAGAGGCGGAUCCCAAACACAGGUUCCAAUUACAGCAUAGGUUGUGGUGGUGCAACAACUGAUCAGCCAUGUCAAGAGGGGUAUUACUGUCCUGGUGGAGGCGAGAAGAUCCUCUGUCCAAAGUCUCACUACUGCCGAGAAGGGUCGCACAAACCCGAGAAGUGCCCAUCAUUGGCUUUCUGUAAAGCUGGAUCAACUGCACCCGCGUUCAACUUGUUUGGAGUUGUGCUAUGUGUAGUCUGGGCAUGUAUUAGUCUCAUCGCCGUCCCGGUGUAUAAGAAGUUGAACGAAAAGUUUGGCAGCCAGGCGAAUGUAGAGGAGGAAAUGAAGCCGUUGCCAGCCUUUCAUAUUCCGCAGGCCAUGGUUGCAGUCCAUAUGGCCAGUCUCACGCCGGCAGCUAGUGUCCUAGGAAAUCCUGGAAGCCAAAGCUCAGACCUGCAAGAUGCGGAGAUGGCACCCCCUUCUUCACAAUGGGUUCCACUGUUUCCCCAACAGGUUCAUCACGUGCUGAACAAACCACAUCGUGGAAGGUCCCAGCACCUCUCACCACAGGCUAAAAGAAGCAGGUCCCUCUCACCACGGCCUGAUAGAACCAAGCUACUCACACCACAUGUUGAAAGAGGCAUGCCCCUCUCACCACAGAUGCUGAAUGUCUUUAGCCAGAAACCUAUGAGGAAGAGAGCAAACACCGACUUGGGACUGGUUGAAGGCGUCCGGAACAAGCUUGCUGCCUUUAAGGACUUGGUCAAGCCGAAAGAUUACACCAUACAUAUUGGGUUUGAAAAUCUCAAGCUCACUCUCCAUAGCAACAAGAAGACAAUUGUCAACAAUGUGAGUGGCAGCAUCAAGCCAGCUGAGCUGACGGCUAUCAUGGGCAACUCGGGCACUGGCAAGACAUCCUUUCUGAACUGCUUGUGUGGCAAGGCGUACUAUGCGGAGCGCACUGGUGUACUGCGUAUCAAUGGUGAGGAAGUGAGUGGUGUUGAGGAGUAUCGCAAUGUGUUGGGUUUCGUUCCUCAGGAUGAUACAAUGCAUACUAACCUGACUGUUCACGAAGUACUCAUGUACCAGGCUUUGCUGCGCUCAUCACGCCAAAUGGCUUACGAUAAGAUUGCGGAGAAGGUAAGGAAUAUUGAGCACCUCCUGAGUUUGCACAUGAUUCGGCACUCCAUCAUCGGCUCCCAAUUCUCCGCUAAAAAGAUUUCCGGCGGCCAGCGGAAGCGUGUCAACAUUGGAAUGGAGUUAGUUGCUGAACCUAGCAUUCUCUUCCUUGAUGAGCCAACUAGCGGACUGGACAGCGUAACCAGCAAGAAUGUUAUUGAGCUGCUGAAGGUGAUUGCACUUGUUGGUAAACUGACUAUAGUCAUGGUCAUUCAUCAGCCUCAGUAUGACAUCUUUCAACAAUUUGAUAACGUCAUUCUGAUGGAAGCAGGCGGAAGAAUUGCUUACCAAGGCCCCGUUCCCACAGCAAAGACGUUCUUUGAUUCAAUUGGCUAUAACAAAUGCACUGGCCAGACCAAUCCCGCGGACUACUACCUCGAAUGUGUUGACACUCGUGUUGAUCAGGAGGCUUCCAAAGCCAACGACGGCAUUCAAAAAGAGACAGUCGCUGAUCUAUGGGAGGAAGAAAGGAAGAAAAUACCCAAUGCACCUGCAUCAUUCCCAAAAGAGAAAUUUCAGCCGGUUGUGCGACCAACCAUGAUCACGCAAUUCCUCUACAUGCUCAGGCGUUUCAUGCUGAUAAUGCUAAGAACGCGCGUGGAAUUCGCAACGGAUCUUGCACUGGUAGCUGUGUGUGGAAUUGUCCUUGGCAUCCUGUUUAUGCGGUCUGACCUGCUCAAAUGGCAAGUGGCCCAUGUAAUGGCAGGGCUUGCACUGGGUCUCACCGGCAUGAUCACAGCCCUACGACCGCUUGGUACGGAUGAAACCCGUCCCAUCUUUUGGCGAGAGAGCUCCAGUGGGAUCAACCGACUUGCCUACUUCAUGUCUAUCACUGUCGGACACAUCCCGAUCAUCAUCUUAUAUCCCGUCUUCUUCUUGGGCCCGUUUUACUUAUUUACAGCACCUCGAGCAUCUUACCAAGACAUGUACAUCGUACUGAUGUUCACCUACUGGGCUUGUCUGGGUGCUGGGUACUUCCUCUCUGUAGUCCUCCAUCCAGACAACAGCAAGAUGGGGACUAUCGUCAUUGCCCUGAUGUGCGCUGCCCUGUCAGGUGGAUCGUCGUCAACCAUCUGCAAGCUUCAAACGUACACUUACAUCGGACCACUUGCGUACACCAUGGCUUACAGCAAGUGGUAUUCCGAGGCCAUGUUUGAACUCGAGGCAAACGCAUACCAUCCAAUCAUGGCGUUUUACGUACAGUACAAUGCUGGCUUCCAGGACUAUAGCCUGACCAACUUUGCCUUCUGCUUGUUCAUGCUGAUCGGCAUUGGUUUGGCUGCCAGAGUUCUCGCUUUUCUCCUCCUCAUUUUCACUCAUCGAGGAGAACAAAAGUAAGGUCAUAUGAACUGCAGUAAGUUAGCUGAGACGGUGUGCCAGCAGCCUUGCUACUUCUAACUCAUUCCAUUUACAUGAUGAAUGGAGCGGUUAUUUCAUCACGGAGAAAACUGUCAACAUUGCAAACAAGGUGUACACUGCACACUGCUACCAGCAUCCCGUCAUUUUAAUGGCAUUAUCAAAGUCAUUGGAGACAAUUCACAAGCACUGAUGUAGCUCUGCUGAUUCGGAACCGUUGCAGACAUAACCUGGCAAUUUCGCCAUCUAUGUUCACUUUAUUCAUCAGGUGAGGUGAUUUUCACUAUACUUAGACUUGACACGUAUGGAAGUUUCUGCCUCAAUAAGCUUUGAGUUUGUGUCCUUUUAUAGUACAAGUCGAGACCGGAAAUUUGUAUCCAAGGACAUGAAAGGACCGACUUGCAAUGCUGCAUUGUUCAUGCGCAAUAACACCUGCUGUAGAAUAUCUUGCCUCUUAAUCUUGCUGUUUGCGUACCGCAAUGCAUACGUUAGUCAAAUGCCAUUAUUUUGACUUUUACUUUUUUUAAAUAUUCGCUGGUUUGUUUUAUUAAAAUAAGUUAGUGCAACUUUUUAAGCAUCGGAAGACUUCUAGCAUCUGGAUAGGCCUGUGCCUAUCGUAUGUACGUGUCGUGGAGGUAGCGUCUGCAGUACUCUAGAAUGCCAAAUUGUUCAUUUGAAUGGAAAUAAUCUAGAUCAAACGUACAGUAGGUAUCAGUUAUAGCUUGGGUGUUUGAAAAACGACUUUCUAUUCUUAUUUCCGAUAUUUCCUACACACGAUAC